AUGAGUGUAUUUGACGCAGCAGUAAAUAAAAAGAGAAAUGCAAGUGCCGAACCUAAGGACGAAUCUCCACUCAAACAGCUGCGCAUCGACGAACCUGGUAUGGGCCAGCGGAAGAUAUGUCAAGACAAGAUGAACGACCUUGUUGUGGACUUUGUAGUGAAUGGAGCGCAUACGUUCUCUGUAGUCCAGGAACCAUCUUUUGUAAAAAUGUUACAAUAUCUCGCGCCUACGCAGAAGGUUUUGACGAGAAGAAUGCUCGUUAAAAAAAUUGACGAGAAGUUUCUGGAGAUGAAGUGUCGUCUACAAGACACCUUCCAGCACCUGAACUACGUAACUGUUACUGCAGAUUGCUGGUCCUCCCACCACAGGCACUUUCUUGGAGUUACCGCUCUUUGGCUUGAACCAGACAGUCUGGACAGAAAGAUUGCGACCUUGGCAUGCCGUCGAAUGGUCGGCAGCGUCACUUAUGACAAACUCGCACUAGAGAUGAGCAACAUUUUUGAGGAGUAUGGCAUCCAAGGCAAGGUGACUAAGGUCAUCACUGACAACGGGUCCAACUUUAUCAAAGCAUUCCAAUGUUAUGGAGGCAAUGCUGAAGAAGCUGCAGAUGAGCCCGACACAUACCACAGAGACCUGUCCUCGCUUUUAGACGGGGAAGACUCCAUGGUGUGCCUACCACCGCACCACCGUUGUGCCGCGCACACUUUAAACCUUAUCGCAACCACAGAUGCUGCACGAGCUAAUAUGGAUCCCGAGUACUCCAAAGCGUCAACAAGUGUCUUCAAGAAAUGUUCGGCAAUUUGGAAUAAGCAAGGACAGUCUGUACGUGCAGCCGAUAUUGUUAAAAGCUACUGUGGUAUCUACUUAACACGACCUGUGGCGACGCGGUGGAACUCUUAUCACGAAGCGCUCGAGUGUAUUCUUCGAUUAGUCAACGAGGGUAAAGACAUCAAUGGACUGUGCCGAGCCUUGAACGUCCCAGUGUUCCAACGAGGCGAUGACUUCAAAUUUAUUGAAGAAUACUGCACAGUGAUGAGCCCACUGUGUGCUGCACUGGAUAUUCUCCAGGGGGACAAGUACAUAUUCCUCGGAUAUCUCCUUCCGACCAUAACAGUAUUGAUAAGAAGACUAGAAUACGAGGGCAUGAAGGGGCUCAAAUUCUGCAGGCCUUUGGUGACUGCGGUCCUUGAUGGGAUUCAGAAAAGAUUUGGCCAUCUGAUGGAGGACAAAGAGCUCCUCCUCGCUGCAGCCGUCCUUCCCCGUUUUAAACUCUCGUGGUUGAAGGACGUGACUCAGCACGCGGCUGUCAUGGAUAUGCUAAGAAGGGAGAUCGCAAAUAAUUCUGCAGCGAAACCCCGCCACACCCCCGUCGUAGUCACGAGACCUCGUGCUGACGAUUUUUUUGCGUUCGGCGACGCAGUAAGUGCCUCAGAAUCCACAGCAUGUACGGAAGACGACGAGCUCACGGAGUACCUGCGGAUUCCUGAGGAUUACGACAUUUCGAAGAUGAAAACUGAUUUUCCUCGUGUACAGGGGCUCUUCCUGCGAGUAAAUACCGCGGUGCCCUCAAGCGCAUCAGUUGAACGGCUGUUCAGCACAGCGGCAGAUGUGUUCACAAGAAAGCGCACAAAGCUCACGGAUGUCAACUUUGAAAAACAAUUGCUACUAAAAUGCAACGCAACCUGA